AUGGUGUCACUACUAAGGACGCUGCGGAGCAUUCGCCGCGUAGGUAUGAAGGAGUAUAUUCGUCAAAUGUGGUAUAUUGGAGAUGCAAAGUCGGGACGAUUCGUUGGGGCGGACCAGUUCGGUAACAGGUACUUUGAAAACACCAACGCCGAGGAAGAGCUUCCAGGACGCCAUCGCUGGGUCGAUUAUCGCCAGCAUGAAUACAAUGCGACCCAAGUCCCACCCGACUGGCACUCAUGGCUCCACCAUAUCCGAAGCGAGCCCCCUACCACCGACAAGAUAAUGCAUGAGUCUACUCAACCAUGGCAAGCCCAAUAUCUCGAGAACUUGACUGGCACCAGAGGUGCAUACCGUCCAUAUAACACUGCUGCACCAAAAAUCACUGCGUGGGACCCCAAGACCAGACUGCGUGCAUAG